AUGGAGUCACAUCGUGUUCAAGCAGAUGAAAAUAAUACAGAACCAAAUCUGCUGGACCUUUACCAUGGUUUCUCAUUUCCAGGUCGGAGUGACACUAUUGCCAGUAUGGAACCUCCUCUCAUCAAACUCAGAAAGCGGGUUUUGUCUAUAUCUGCUAAUUCUGCCUCUUGCGAGAGGCUGUUCAGCGUGUUUGGUAACAUACUUACCAAGCUACAAAACCAGCUUGGCACACCCACUCUCUCAAAUCUUGCUGAGCUAAAGAUGCUCAUUCGAGAUGAGUACCUCCAAUCUGGGGAAGCCAAGACAUGA